CUUAACCAUGUAUAAAUAUCUGUGUUUCGGGUCAGACACUUUAUUAAGGGAAGUGUAGUUUACUUUGAGAAUGCUGACAGAUAUGAGUCGCCCCAAGAUGACCUUCAAUGACCAACAACUCUCAUAUUUAUAAGUUCCUGAAAAAAAGGGAAACCUGAAAUGGUUCCAUUGCAUUCUGUCUCAGUCUCUCUCAAGAAAUAAGUUAGUGAAUCUGUUGUUAAAUAUUAAGUAUACAAAGGGGUAUCAUACAUGAAUAAUUAUGUCAAUAAUAAAUAAUAUAGAUAUGACGGUCAAUUCAUGGGGAAUACAUACUGUAUAUGAUAUAAAUGUAUGUAAUAUAAUUAAUCUGGUGAGUCCUUGAGCAACACCCUUAAACUGAAACUACUCAGUUUUAAGUCAAUGGAAUCAACCAUAUGAUAUUUAUUUUUAUUUGUUUUAUUUUUUUAAAACUGAUAUUUACUUUUGUUUACUUCAUUUUACUGAUAUUUACUUUGUUUUUACUUAUAUUUACCUCAUAUUUACCGAUGAUUACUUCAUUUCUACUGAUAUUUACUUUAUAUUUGCUGACCUUUACUUUGUUUUUACUUAUAUGUACCUCAUAUUUACUGAUGUAUACUUCAUUUUUACUUAUGUUUACUUAAUAUUUACUGAUAUUUACUUCAUAUUUGCAUUUUUACUUUCAAUUACAGUCAGUUAAAUAGCCAAAUGAAAUGUCGUAAAGUAUGCCGUAACGUGAGGUUAGCCACACUCAAUAUGGCGGACACGAAGCUCCACGCGCAAGCGCACUGACGUCACUUUGGUCAAAGUUCACGGUGCGUUUUCCCGGGAAAACACGAAGUAGUGAAGGAAACCCGAGUGUGCAUCCCAUCAUGGAGAAGAUUACGGAGAGAAUACUGCUGGAGAAAGGCUCACCUAAAGCAAACAUGCUGGAAAAAAUUACCAGUUUAAAUCUAUCUCGUAUGGGCUUAAAAAAUCAAGAUCUUUCCGUGGCCUUGUUGAAUAAGCUCACUGCGCUGGAGGAGUUAGAUCUUUCCGGGAACAUGCUGCAGAAGCUCCCGGCAGGACUCUUUCUUCCCCACCUGCGGCUUCUGAACUUCUCCAGCAACGACAUGGAAGAUGUCACCUCGCUGGAGGCCCUGACUGGCCUGCAGGAGUUGCGGCUGGAUGACAAUUUAUACCUCACUGUCAGCGAUGAGCACAAAGUCAUGUUCCUCUUGCCCCGACUGAAGUUCCUGAAUGGGAAGGACAUCAGUGUGAUGGCCAACCACGUUCGCUACGUGAACAGUGAGAUCCUUAGGAAGAAGGUGAUUGGGGUGUGGGAGAAGAGCUUCAGUCUCCCUGAUCCACCAUCUUCACAAAGCUUGGAGGAGCUUGAGAAGAAAUUUGUUAAUGCAGCAUGCUUUCAAGUCAAAUAUGGCCCCAGUUCUUUGAAUGACUACACCAAAUGGAGGGUUGAAAUUAUUGCAAAAGAACAUCUCAAAUCGCUGACUGAUCCAGAAGAGGAGGAGGAGGAAGGUAUUACAGCAGAGGCUCCUGUAAAAGAGAAUGGGUCUCCUUCCAAGAGAAAAAUUCAUGACCCUGACGCAAACUGCAACGCCGAAAACCCCCGGAAGAGAAGGACGAUAAACCAGGCGGUGGCGCCAGAGGCCAGUCCGUGCAAAACAACCAGGUUGUCCGGCGCUGCUUCGGUCGAGGCGAGUCUGAGAAAAUCUUCCCGGCUGCGGGGGACCCCUCAGAAAUCUGACUCGAGUGUAUCAAGCCCAGUGUGCAUGAAAAUGAACACUCCCAAGUCAAGUCUAAGGAAAUCCACUCGCCAGCAAAGCACCCCAAAAAAGGCAACAGUCUCACAGGUCGCCGUGUCGCGCACUGCGAAAGGAGCGAAGAAAAAUCUCAAAGUUCAGCUUAUGACUCCGCAAGCAAGCAGCUCCACCAAGACAGAAGAUGGAAAAAUCUGGAAAGCGACUAAAUACCAAGUUCCAAAGGAGCCAGCCAGUCUGCAACCUCUUCACGUCCUGCAGUGUCACAGUAAACAUGACAGUUCAGAGGAUUUCAGCACCCAGCUGUGGGCCUGUGCCUUCGAGCCCACUCAUAACAGCAAUGCAGGUGCCUGGGGACAGUCAGUGGCCACUUGUGGAGGGGAGACGGUGUGUGUGAUAGACUGCGAGUCUGGCCAUGUGCUGAAGAAAUAUAAGGUCCCUGGUGAGGAGUUCUUUACGGUGGCCUGGACCACAGUGUUGAUGGCGCGUGACGGUGGCUUUACUCGCUCCUGCAGCAUCCUCGCCGCAGGAGGGAAGAGGGGUGUGGUGAAGCUCAUCCACCCCAGAGCCAACCUGGCAUAUGGCGAGUUCCGCGCCAGCCGCAGAUCCAUAUCUAUGCUACGCUUCAGCCCGUGCCAAACCAGCUUCCUGUUCACUGGCGCAUAUGAUAACAAGAUCAUCAUGUGGGACAUCGGCGGGCUGGACCGAGACUACAACUUCAAAACCAGUCAGCUGCUAAUAAUGGAGACCUGCUCCACUCCACUGCACUUCUGCCUGCCACCCUGUUCCCCAGACACGCACCUCAUCUCCGGCUGCGACAAAGGACUUUACAGCUUCGACAUCCAGCUCAGCAAGAACAUGCAGAAGAGGGCGGAGGAGAUGGAGAUUAUAUUUCCUGUGUACAAGAAGAGUAAUAAGGACAACUACCGCACUAUUGAUGGACUCCGCUUCCUUACAGAAGACAUAGUAGCAUCUAAGAGCCACAUGCAGGGCUCUAUCUACUUGUGGAGCUGGAGUGGUACAAGAGCGUUGCACCAGGGGAGGAAAAAGGAGGUGCCUGCUGUGAUCCUGGCUGAACUGCAGUGGUCCAACACGGACAUCCCAUAUCUCUCCCUAAACACCUGCCCUGGCUUCGGAUACGUUGUGUGCGGAGACGAGAAAGGCCGACUGUGGACGUAUCACAUCACAGACGUUGCGAAGGCCAACUUCAAGAGUGGAAAAGAAGUUCCUGCAACAGAGGUGCUGGAAUGGCCGUCUCCGGUGCGAAGUGGAGUUGGUUCGAUCGAGGGGGCGUCCAUCAACAGCGUUGCCAUGGAUCCUGAGUUUCGUUAUCUGAUUGCCCUAAGUGACAAGAACAUGGUGGUGAUCUGGAAACGAGUAUCCGCGUGAAGCAGGAAGUGAUCCAGUUUUAUAUUCCUACCAUUUUCCAGGAAGGGCUUCAGACCUUGAGACCCACCAAAGCAAGUGAUGAAGGUUUCCAUUGCAAGUUCUUGCACAGAAGUGGAUGUAUUCGGUUCAGGCUUUGUCCAAAUGAGACUUAACAAGAGACUCAACAGUUUAUUCUAAUCAGGAUUUGUUGGUUUGAUAUCAAAAGUGUUUUAAUUUUUAAUUGUACUUUUUUUUAUUAUUCCAAGUACUGUGUUUUGUUUGUUAGUUUAAAAAACAAAAACAAAUUGUACAUAUGUAAUGAUUGUAAAUGGUCUUUUCCUUCUGGGAACUAAAAGAAAUAUGUCAAAUGUGUGUGUGUCCGUAUCUGUGAGAGACUGCACAACAUUUUUCAGUAUAUUAUAGUCAUAUUAUAUUAGCACACACUUCCAAAUCUACGCAGUACUGUGUAAUUUUCCCAAUGCUGAAAAUGACAUAUUUGCCAUUUGAUCAUCUUUACUCCAUAUAUAACAUGCUUUCAUAAUUCCAGUCCUGGGAACUCACUAACCUAGACAGUUUUCUUACUCCUAACACAUCAGAUCCAAUUCAUUCUUCUUCUUCUUCUUCUUCUUAUUAUUAUUCAGACCCCGGCUUACCAAAGUCAGGUUUGUUACAGAAAUUUCUGGAAGCAUGUGUUGGCAAGUGAAUUCCUGAUUAUAAAAUAUGAAGAUGCUUAUUUGGAAUACUUAGAAUAUGGAUUUGCGAAUCAACAACCCCCUUUUUUGUGAGAUUUGUGUGCUUAUAUUUAUAUAAUAUUUGUGCGCCUAAUGUUUCCUCAGCCUAAUAUAUGUGAAUGAGUUUGAAGGUUGUUUUUAAACUGUAAUGGCAACUGGAGUGAAUGUCAGAAUACAACAAAGAAUACAAAAAAGAACACAACAUAGAAACACUAUGUUGUCACCACUAUAGAAACGACUGAAACAAUGGAAUUUUAAAAAAAAAAACAUUAAGAAAGACGCGCAUCUUUGUUCUCAACAACAUGCAGUGCACGCAGCACGCGCGUGCUAGGCUUGGGGGAGUGGUUUCCCAGACU